GAUAUACCAUGAAAUCCAUUUUAUUGCCGAAUAUUAGGAUUGAUUAAAGUGUGAUAAUUUGGUCAACGUACGUUUUACUGCUUUUUCGAAUACGAGAUUUCUUAUCAACUAACUGAUUAACUGAAAUAGCUUAAAUAUACACACACUAUUAUAUUUGUGUGUAAGAAAAAUUAUCGAAGUAAACUAAGGGCGUAUUGUCACAACAUGGAACGUUUGGAAGGAACAGACAGUUCGUUCUGCGCUACUGGUGCGCCAAAAACACAGUGCCUUUGUUCAGAGAAACGACGAUUUUUAAAUUUGAUUUAUAACGAGAUGCAUUCGGAUUCCAAGGCACCUACACCACAUAUUGAAAUAUACGAUAAGAAUUCAUGGCACACAUUUGUUCAGGUGAUGCACAUUCUAUUGACAAUUGUGCCGAUUGUAUUUUUCUUUGCGAUUGCGCGCAUUGUUGGACAAAAACUUGAAUCACGAAUCCCGCCGAAUUCAUCUUGCGGAUAUACUAUUGAGUUUCUAUUAAUAGUGGUGCCGACGGUGCUAAUUGUAAAUGUGUUUAAUAAUUAUAUUGGUCAAUUGAUGAUAGUGUUUUGGGGCUGUCUACUGGGCUUAAUGUAUGUAGUUUACAAAUCAAAAAAUCAAAGGCGUUGGUACGUUUUAGGUGGCCAUCGACCAUUCGUAUUAACAUUACUUCGUGCAGCUAUCAAUCUGCUCACAGCGCUUUGCAUACUCGCAGUGGAUUUCGAAAGCUUUCCGAAAAACUUUCGAAAAACGCGCCGAUAUGGGGCUGGUCUUAUGGACGUUGGAAUUGGAUUAUUCGUUUUUGCAAUGGGCACCGUUUCGAAACCUCCAAAAAACAUUGCUCAUAUUACGAAAUCACUAUGGACUGUAGUGCUGCUGCUUGUGUUGGGCCUCGGACGUACUCUACUGAUAAUGUUGAUUAAUUAUAACCAGGAUGAACAUGAAUAUGGCCUACAUUUGAAUGCCUUUUAUACAUUGGCACUGACCAAGUUUUUUGGAUGCCUGUUUAGUGGAAUUGCGAAAAAUAAUUUGAGACAUCUGAUAGCGGGUGUGGCCCUUCUAUUAAUUCACGAAUGUUGCCUUCAACUCUACACAUCCGCUUUUGUUAUGAAUCCAGAUAUCGAACGUGACACAUUUCUUAGAGCGAAUCGUGAGGGUAUUUUAUCACUACCAGGUUUCGUAGCACUAUAUCUCAUAUCCAUAGUCAUUGGGCAGAGUCUAAAGAUGAAUGAUAAAGCUUUGAGCCACAGAGUAUUUAUAGAUAAAUUGAGAGCGCUAGGCAUAGCAAGUGUUGUGCUUUGGGUGUUGGUGGUUGGAUGUAUCUUCACCGUUUCCAUUGCCCGUGUAACCUGUAAUCUCGGCUACGUUACGUGGAUCUUGGCCCUUGCUGUAACAAUGACGUUCCUCUUUAUCAUGGUUUUUCAUUUGAUUUUAAGUACAAUUUGGCCUAUUUGUGACAUAGAAGAAGAUUUUGAAUCACUAUUGAAUUCUACUGUAACAACGAGUUGCCAUGAAAAUAUUUUGCCUGCGCUUGUAAAAGCCGUAAAUGCAAAUGGGCUGGUGUUUUUCCUAUUGGCUAAUGUGCUCACAGGCGCGGUAAACAUAUACUUGGAACCAAGUGUUCGAAGUGAUUUUGAAAGUAUUUGCAUUUUGACUGUUUAUAUGUUUAUUGCAAUUAGUUUUGUUUAUCUAUUACAUCGGCUUAAGAUUCGAAUAGCGUAAAUUUUUUAUAUCGCAAUGUGUAAUAUUUCAUUUAUGUAUAGAUAAGUAUAUGUCACAAGGGCAUAUGUGAACCCAUGGCACAAUGCGAAAGGAAUUUUUUUUCAUUUAAUUUUAAAACGUUCUAAGUUACCGGAACGUGGCGGAUUCCCCCACAAAUAUUUGAGGAAUGUGCUUAAAGUGAUAGUUCUUACCUGGAUAUAAAUCUGAGUCCUUCGAGUAAUCUAGUACGAAUGUAGUGCGUGCGACUUGCGUAAAUGAAAUUAUAGAUCUUAUGACGUGUGAUGAUUUUUUCCCCAAGAAAACUUUGCUAUCAAUUUCACCUGACCUUAACGAGAAAGUUUACAAUAACUAUGGAACUUUAAGUGGUUCCGCCGACUGCCGAACCUUAUCCAACAUAUUCUAAGUGAGUUAGUGUUAAGCUAUUAAUUGUAAAUUUUAUUGUAAUUUUUAGAUAUACCAUACAUACAUAUAAAUGACAAAUAAAUAGGUUAGAAAAUGUUAGUCAGCUGUUUCAAAAUUUAUUUGCUAUUAAUAAAAUACAAUUUUUGGUUUCGUCAACUGCCUUACCUAAUCUAACUUAUUUUAAGUUAGUUACUGUUAAGCUUUAAUAGUUGACAAUUUGAUUGUAAUUUUUA